AUGAGUCUAGGCGCCGCAGCGGCUGACACCGAGCGGGAUGGUGAGCGCGUCGAGGAGGAGCCGUACCCGGUCGAUGUGGGCGGCGCCAGCGACCAGCCGCCAUGGCUGUCUGACGACGCCGUGUUCAAGUCUGCUGCUCUCUGCGCAUUUGGCCCCCGAGCUGCCGUGCAGUUCGAAGGCCGUCGUCCCGCCACAUCCGCUGCCUCUCCUUCUCAAGGUCUGGCAAGCGCUGCCAUCUCGACCGUCACGCCGGCCGCGGUGGGCACACAAGGGGGACAGGGAGACGCCGCUCGCGCCGCGUCAGCCAAGCUCCUGCCCCUGGUGCUCGUGCAGGCCUCACACGACCUCAAGACCUGCCUGCACCAUGCCAUCGAUAUCAACACUCCUGAGUUCGUCACGCGCACAUCUGCGCCAUCGCCCAUGGCUACAGCACGGCCAGCGCUCUACGCACCGCCAUCGGCUGGAGCAACCGCGGGCAGAUCGGGGGAUCCGACUCGGGCGGAGCUGCACGAGGAAUACCGCCGCAGCAAGAGGUUAAAGGCCGAGGCGAUCGAGGCGGGCUGGUGCCAAGGACAGCCCGAGGAGGAUGCAGGAUACAUCCCCUCAUCCAAAAAGCGGCGCGAGCCAUCUUGGCCGGGGGAGCGUAGGGUGCGGCGAAUCAUCAAGCUCGUGGUCAACGACGACGCGGCCCUGCCCUGCUCCGACGCCACCAUGGAAAAGCGCGGCGAAGAAGGAGAUGAGCCCCAUCACCGUGGCCGUGAUGGAUGA